AUGGCCACAAACGGCGCUCAGCAGAUCUACGAGCCUGUGCUGGCUGCGCACAAUGUUAUGCAGUCGGGGUCAAGCCGCGCACAGAAAGAGCAGGCUCACGAGUUCCUGGAGAAGUUUCAGAAGUCGCAAGAGGCAUGGACAACGACGUUGGCUAUGCUUGAGUCGAGCUCGGUGGAUGCUGCAGCAAAGCUCUUCGCUGCCACCACCUUGAAGGGCAAGAUCGUAUACGACCUCCACCAAAUCCCUCGCGAACAGCUGCCCGAGCUGCGUGCUUCCAUCAUGAGGAACCUGACCGUCUUUCAUGCUGGGCCCAAGCCCAUACGACUGACGUUGUGCGUCUGUCUGGCCAACUUGGCGAUACAGAUGACAGAGUGGAAGGAUGUUCUCACCGACAUCGUCAGCGCUCUUGGGUCCGACCCAGCAACACUACCUUGUGUCUUGGACUUCCUCCGCGUCCUCCCCGAAGAAGUCACGCAUGGACGAAAGAUCGCACUCACAGAACACGAGUUGACCAUGAGGACGGUCGAGUUGAUCGAGGACAACGCUGAGCAGGCCUUAAAGCUCCUUGUCACAUAUGCCACAUCGUCUCCGGCCGCCGCCCGAAACCCUCAGCUACUGAACUGCAUCACUUCCUGGAUGCGCGAAAUACCCCUCGACUCCAUCUUGAACUCACCCCUUCUUUCCGUCAUCAUCGACGAUCUGAACACGGAUGAUGAUGCAUUUGAGGCUGCCGUUGAAUGUCUCAGUGCCCUGAUAGCCGAGACGAGAGAUGUAGAUGAGGCUAUGCAGUCUAUCCUGGUCUUGUACCCCCAAGUGAUUGCCCUUAGGCCCAAGCUCGCCCAGGCCGCGCAAGAGGAAGAUUCAGAGAAGUUCAAGGGCAUUGCCAGGAUAUUCGCAGAGGCUGGGGAGUCAUGGGUCCUUCUGAUUGCCCGACUGCCGAACGACUUCCGCGCGCUGGUUGAAGCCGUACUCGAGACCGCGGCGCUCGACAAGGAGCGAGACGCCAUCUCUCACACCUUCAAGUUCUGGUACGAUCUGAAACAAUACCUGACAAUCGAUAAGUACACGCCAGCUCGUAUGCAGAGCAUAGACAUCUACUCAAAGCUCAUCGACAUCAUGAUCGGCCACCUUGAGUAUCCCAGACCCGAAGGAGGGGACGAGAGGGAUCUGUUCGAGGGCGAUCGCGAGCAGGAGGAGAAGUUCAGAGAGUUCCGUCAUCAAAUGGGCGACGUACUGAAGGACUGUUGCGAAGUCAUGGGUGUUACCGAAUGCUUGCAGAAGCCAUAUGAUCUUAUCCAGCAAUGGGUGCAAACGUAUGGAUCUCAAGCGACACCCACUAACGUACCAGAGUGGCAGAAGCUUGAGGCGCCAUUGUUCGCCGUCAGGGCGAUGGGUCGCAUGGUGCCUCCAGACGAAGACGUCAUGCUGCCACGCCUCAUCCCACUCAUUGUCUCAAUACCUGACCACAACAAGCUUCGCUUCCAGGCCGUCAUGGCCCUCGGCAGAUACACAGAGUGGACAGCUCAGCACCCAGAUAUGCUGCAACCUCAACUGGACUACAUCAUGGCUGCAUUCGAUCACUCUACUAAGGAUGUCAUCCGCGCUGCUGCACUCUCGUUUAAGUUCUUCUGCAAUGACUGCGCCAGCUUGCUAGUCAACUUCAUCGUUCCUCUCCAACAAUUCUAUGCAAAGCAUCUGAACCAGCUACCAGUCAGCAGCCAAGAGGAGAUUACAGAGGGUGUCGCUUCUGUGGUUGCCCGAGUACCCGUGGACCAGCUGUACCCCACACUGAAGCUAUAUAUCGAUCCUGUCAUGCAGAGUUUGGCAGCAAUUGCAAACCGGGCCAAGGACGAACCCGAGCAGAAACUACUUGCAGACAAGAUCAAUCUUGUUACAAUCUUCAUUGAGUUCGUGCAGCCUGAAAUACCGGCCGGUCAAGAGAAUCCGGCUGUCAAGUACUGUCAAGAGCUGUUCCCGCUGCUUGGCAAUCUCAUCACACAUUUCAACCAGAGUAUACCGAUUCUAGAACGAGUCUGCCGUUGCUGGCGGUACAUGGUGCUAUCAUACCGAACAGCUAUGCGUCCUCUUCUACCAGAGCUUGCAACAAGACUAACACAAGGCUUCGACGCAUCAAGGCAGGGCUGUUUUCUCUGGGCAACAGCCGCUAUUGUACGCGAAUUCUCACAGGGAGUGGAGCAAGUUGACGCCGGGCUGGCCAAUGAUGUGUACCAGUUCUACGAGCAGCAAGCGAGGACCUUCUUGAAGAUGCUAAGUGAUGUGGUGAGACCGGACGAGCUUCCCGACCUGAUUGAAGACUUUUUCCGUCUUGCCUCUGAUAUGGCACUCUACUUUCCAUCCGAGUCCAUAUUGUCGCCUCUCAUGGAAACGAUCCUUCUCGCGGCUUGUAACGCACUCUCGUUGCUCAAGGAGGAGCCCAUUAUUGCGACACUUCACUUCCUCCGUGACUUGCUUGGUUAUGGUCGCAACGCUUCUCCCUCAUCCAGCUUUGAUCGAACAAGGCAAGAAGUACCUCAGCAACUGCAGGAUCGGGUUAAGCAGCUGGUUCUUACCGCUGGUGAACUCUUGGUUCAACGCAUCAUGACGGGCAUGAUGUACAGCUUCCCCGAGGGUUGCUUCGCAGACUCAUCUGGUGUGCUUCUCGACUUAUUCGAGCUGAUGCCUGAGCAGGUCGCCUCAUGGGUCGCCAAUACUGUCGGUAUGCUGCCGCAGGGUAGCAUUACGCCCCAGGAAAGUGAGCGCUUCCUGAACAACAUCCGUCAGCGCAUCCAGAGUGGCGACGUUAGGAUGAUAAGAACAAUCUUACAGGACUUCACGACCAGCUACCGCCGCCGCAACGUUGCGCCUAGGGAGGGUCUGGGUAGGCUGGAGGCUUCUCGUUUUAGGUUUUCGGGUUAGAUAG